UACAAGAUUAGCAUUCAGUAUUCUAAAAAUCUAAAGCCCUACUCCAUUUUCACUUAUAGAUCUAUUUCAUUCAGUUCAUAGAUUAACAAGAUGAUCAGCGCGAAGAAGCUCCUAAAAUUGGCAAGGAAAUGGCAGAAGUUGGCUGCAAUCAAGCGCAAGAGAAUCACAUUGUCAGGAACUAUUGAUAAUACAGAAACUAGUAGCUGUAGCCCAUCACAAACGGCUGAGAAGGGUCAUUUUGUAGUUUACUCUGCAGAUCAAAAGCGCUUUCUGCUUCCUUUGGAGUACCUUAACAAAGAAAUGUUCAGAGAGCUAUUCAACAUGGCAGAAGAAGAAUUUGGAUCGCAAAGCAAUGGGCCUCUCACCCUGCCAUGUGACGCAGAGCUAAUGGAAUAUGCAAUUUCUUUGAUCAAACAGCAAGUUACUAGAGAAGUGGAGAAUGCAUUCUUGAUGUCCAUAUCGAGUGGUUGUUCUUGGUCUUCUUGUGUACAAGAGCAAGUAAACAGGCAUCAAUUACCAAUUUUGAGUUUCUAAAGAGAUACAAUUAGAUUUGUAAACAAUUAAGGCAUACAAGUUUACAUUGAUGUAAUUUAUCAGAAGUAUAAAAAAAGCUUAUUCUCACACUUGUUAUCAGAA